CGCAAAUGCUAAUGAGGUCUGCGCCCUCAUUCGCCCAUUACGAGGAAGGCAGGAGGAACCAAGAUGGCGGAGCUUCGUGAAACGGGUGGCGAUGGUGUUGUUGAAGUCGGAGCAAAAUCUACAGAACAGAAAGCAGAAAAAAUGUUCAAUUUAAAGAAAUGGAACGCUGUUGCUAUGUGGAGUUGGGACGUGGAAUGCGAUACAUGUGCGAUUUGCAGAGUCCAAGUAAUGGAUGCGUGUUUGCGAUGUCAAGCUGAGAAUAAACAGGAAGAUUGUGUGGUUGUAUGGGGUGAAUGCAACCAUUCAUUUCACAAUUGCUGUAUGUCACUAUGGGUGAAACAAAACAAUAGAUGUCCACUAUGUCAACAAGAAUGGAUGGUACAACGUAUAGGAAAAUAACAGAGAUACAUGUAAAAAGAGAAAGACACCAUCACAUGGCACCAUAUAUAGAAAAAUAGUAGAGAAUCAAGCUUUGCACCAUUUAUACCUUGUGAAUCAGUAGAAAUGAAAUCCAGCAAAAAGACCUUACUUUCAUAUAUUUUAUACAAUCAGCCAAAUUAUCCAUUCAGUGAAAAUUCCUGCUCUAAAAUAAAGUAUUUUACAGUACCAUUGUCACUUUCACAAACCUCUCUGAUACCAUAACCACUAUUUUGUAUUUACCCCACAAGUACCUUUAAUUGGGUGAUUCUUGUCAAAUUUAUUUAUUUACAGUUUCUUUAAUUCUCUUUUUUUGGAUAUUGUAUUGUUUUCUGUACAUAAUUUAGUAUGCCUCCAAUCAAAUUGUAUGUUUAGAUAUAAUAUGCUGGUAAUUUGUUAAAGACAACAUUAAUAAAGUAAUGCAACUUAAACAA